UUUCCAGCAGAGUUCUGGCGGUGCAGGAGACACUACUCGAGAGAGGCCAGUAUGUAAUACGUGUGGGAAACGCCACCUGGGUCGUUGUUUGAUGGGAACGAGAGUCUGUUAUAAGUGCAAGCAAGAGGGACACAUGGCUGAUAGGUGUCCCUUGAGAUCUACUGGGGCUGGAUCGAGCAGUCAGGGAGAGAGACCUCCACAGCGGGGUACAAUCUUUGCCACUAAUAGAUCAGAGGCAGAGAAGGCCGGCACAGUAGUGACAGGCAAAGGAAUUAUGCCGCCAAGGGAAGAAGUACGUAGAGGAGGUCGUAGAGGCCGAGGUAGAGGAGCAGGAGGCCGAGGUAGAAGAGCAGGAGGCCGAGGUAGAGGAGCAGGUCGUAAUCAGCCUACUGAGGGUCAAGCUGAACAGCAAAUUCCUGCUGCACCCGUGACUCACGUUGAGUUUGAUGCACUGUCUGCUCACAUGGAGCAGAGGUUUACAGAACUUAUGACAGUUAUAGCUCAAAACCAGCAGGCACCUGCGGUUCCACCUGCACCUGUAGUUCCCCCUGCACCAGCAGCCCCUCCUGCACAAGAAUUACCUAACCAACUUUCUGCUGAGGCGAAACAUUUGAGGGACUUUCGGAAGUAUGACCCUCAGACGUUUGAUGGGUCACUGGAGGAUCCUACUAAAGCUGAAAUGUGGUUGUCCUAUGUGGAAACCAUAUUUAAUUACAUGAGAUGUCCCGAGGAGCACAGAGUUCAGUGUGCUGCUUUUCUACUGAGGGACAGAGGCAUUAUCUGGUGGAGGACUACAAUGCGCAUGCUAGGUGGAGAUGUGAGGCAGAUUACCUAGGAUCAGUUUAAGAACU